UGAAAACAUGUCCGAUCCCGCUUCCCAUGUAAACAAAAUCGUAGAAACGUAGACAGGUAGAGGUUUCAUUAUCAAGGCAUGAUGUCAUUUAUGGGAAAUAUAUCGAAAUUCCGUAUUGUUUUGACUCCUCGGACGGUGCAUUAGUCCUGAUUUUCUCUGUAUUUAUUGAUAUUAUACUGUGCACAGAUUAUAUUCGUUCAGCAACUCGCGGGAUGUUACAACCAGUUGGCUAUUCCAUGUAUUUGUCUUGCAAGUAUCCCCGUGAGAUCUAAUAUCGAGAUUGUCAUAAGGGUGAUGAUGGUAUAUCAGCAGCUGAAAUAACAGGAUACACAUCAAUUGUAAUACACAGUGUUGACAUAAACAAUGCAAUCACUUGAUGUAGCUCACAAAGCUAGUGGGAAAAUCUGGCACCGCAAGCCCACACCAUCAGCUGAUAAUGGGUUGAUGGUCAGCAUCCAACAUAGCCAGGCUGGGACUCUUUCUCAGUUCAGUCGGAAUGUUCGUUUCCUUCAUACUGCCUUUGAUGGCCAGACAGAAACUUUCGUGGCUGGGGAUCAUCAAGGCAAUGUCUACGUAUUCGACCUCAAUAAAAACAGAUUUUUCCUCGGACAGAAGACAGGACAUCCCUGUACAGCUGUAGCAUUUAAUCUCCGUCGAAAGUCGGAGUUCCUCGUUGGUCUCUCAGAUUACUCUCUCAAGUGCUUUGACACAGAUACAAAAGAAAUGGUUGCAUGGAUGAAAGGGCAUGAGUCUGCUAUCCGUGACAUCUCUGUACACGCAUCGGGGCGAUACGCUCUAACAACAUCAACAGAUACGGCCCAACUGUGGGAUCUUGACACUUUCCAACGUAAACGCAAACUGAACAUCAAGGAGGAUGUUGGUAUUGUACAGGUGUUCUUCCUGCCACUCAGCAAUGUGAUAAUAACUGGUUUCAAGGAUGACACUAUAUUUGCCUGGGAGUCGGACACUUUAAAGUGUAAAUACCAGUUACCGGUACCCCCGGGAAACAGUCCGCAUUACAGAGCCUUCAUAUCUACCAAGGAUGGACGGAUCCUGGCAGCUGGAGGAAAGUCACGGUUUAUACAUCUUUGGGAUUUGGACACACAUAGACUUCUACGCAUCGUUGAGCUCCCAGCCAAGGUGACUACCGUCAAACAGAUGGUCUUCCUCCCAGAUAACUUUGAUGCGGGAGCCAAUCAGGUCCUGGGAGUUCUCAGUCAGGAUGGUAUUGUGCGUUUCAUCAACAUCAACACUUGCAAACUAUUAUUUGAUAUCGGAAGUAUAGAAAACAAGAUAAACAAUAUCACAGUGAGCUCUUCGGGGCGCCACCUAUCGUCUGUCAUGGAGGACGGAAGUCUGAAUGUGUUUAACCUACACGCAAUGUCAUCGGAACUAAACAAACCUCCUGCUCCAUUGGUAAAGGUUGUGUCCGGUAACAAAAUGGCUGAUACUUCCACAAAACCCAGCCUCAGACAAAAGGGUAAAGGUCGUGCAGGUGGAAAAGAGAAUAAGAUGGUUGGAGAGCCGACAGGAUCAAAAGAGAUUGAGAUUCCGGAGAGACUUAACAUGGAAAGGUUAACAGCUAUACUAAAGGGGUAUGGAGAGUACCCGAGCAAAUAUCGUAUGUUUAUCUGGAGAUCAGUACUACGUCUUCCUGAGAACCACACGGCCUAUGCUGCCCUCGUAGACAAAGGCACCCAUCCGGCGUACGUCAACCUACAGGAGGAAUAUCCUAUAAAGAGUAGAAAGUUACUCCGAGUCCUACAGAGGAUCCUAUCAGCCCUCGCCCAUUGGUCCCCGAUUUUCGGAGAGACUCAGUACCUUCCAGUGCUUGUAUUCCCAUUCGUCAAACUCUUCCAGAACAACCAUCUAGUCUGCUUCGAAAUCAUCGCCACUAUCAUGGAGAACUGGGCUGAACAUUGGUUCGAGUAUUUCCCCAACCCUCCCAUCAACAUCCUGAGUUUGAUAGAGAAUGUUUUGGCCCACCAUGACAAGUAUCUGCUGCAGCAUUUCGUCAAAUAUGGGGUCACAUCACAGAUUUAUGCCUGGCCGCUAUUGGAGACACUGUUUUCGGAGGUUCUUACCAAGGAUGAGUGGCUGAUGCUCUGGGAUAAUGUUUUCAGCAAUCAUCCAUCUUUCUUACUCAUGGCCGUAGUAGCCUACACUAUCUCUGCCCGGGGACCACUCAUGCAGUGUAUUGAACUGGACGACUUUAAGUUUUUUUACCACCAUCGCAAUGCUGUAGAUGUACGACAAGUUAUCAAAGAGGCCUACCGACUGAUGGAGGCAACGCCAGAUGAUAUUCACCCCCACAAAACAUUGGCUGAGUUUAAACCUCUUACUGUGGGGCAGUAUCCUGUUUUCAACAAAUAUCCAAAGUUUAUUGUGGACUAUCAGGUACAAGAACGCGAGAGAAUACGACAUGAAGAAAUGGAAUAUCUACGCCAAAGACAAGUAUCACUAGAGAUGCAGAAGGAGACGAUGAAACGUACACAAGAGGAGGAGGCCUGGUACAGACAACAACAGUUACUGAUGGACGCAGAGGAAAAACGCCGGAUACUCAUACAGACGGAGGAACAGAAACUCACAGCACAAAGGAAACGGUUGUUUGCCAUGAACCGUGAGGUGAAGCUGAAGGAGCUACAGCUGCUGGACGCUGCUCGUCGUAAGUUCCUUCACUUCCAGAAGGAACAGCGUCAGAAAGAGCUACGUCGCCUUGACGACGAGGUCCAGAGAAAGGCUCUAUUGAGGGAUCAGGAAACAGAAUCUGCUAUAGAGGAGGCAGAGAUCAGAAAUAUUGAACUACAGCUACAGAAGAAAAUGUUUGAACAGGAACUAUUCCGGGAGUUUGCCACAGCAUCCCAUCAGCUCCGGACAGAACAGGACAUGCACCGGAAACAGGCAGAGUUGGAAAACCGUAUCCAGGAUAGACUGAAGGAUGUGGAAAGGGAACGACAAAUGGAUGUCAGAAAGAUGCUACAAGAUAAUCUGGCACAGACCGCUCAGCAGAACAUUGAGGCCUGGGCCCAGAAUGAAUUUGAGCAUCGUCACCGGUUAGAGGACUUGGAGCGUGAGAGUAAGGCUAUCCAGUUAGCUAAGAAAAGUUCUGAAAACAGGAAGUUAGAAGAGGAAGUUCAUAACCUGAUGAAGCAAGUCCAAGCACAAACGGCCAAUGAAGCCGAUUUAGCUAAACUCCAGCUAGGAGAGCAGAAAGACUUGGCAGCAGAAUCUGACCAGCGACGUUUACAGUUCCUGGAGGACGAAGGAUACAAAGCACAUUACCAUGGCAGGAAGCUGACCGAGGAUACAAUCUCAACUUUAAAUAGUCACAGAGCGGGACUGGCAGGGCUUGAUAACAGCAGUAAAUCUGAGUUAUACCACACACUGGUGACCUCUGACUGUGACACGGACUCCAAAGUAUCCUUUGAUAGAGACGGCCGAGCAUUUGACGAGAGAGAGAUAGCAUUACUACACGAAGUUCGACGACUGAGGGAAAAGUUAGCCGUAGACAACAGGACUAAAAAGCCACCCCCUUAUGUUGCACUGGACUGAGUUUUCAAGUGAUUGACUCAUUAUCAACCCAACCCGGACUGACUAAACAGACUUAACAGUCAUACCAAAGCUGCAAACUGAUCCAAUGUCGAGUCAUCCUGGCAAUUUUUAGCCAGGAAUAUUUUAAGUAUGUGCCUUUUUUGAACUGUGUACAUAAUAAAAUGUAGUCAUGUUCAAUCCUGGACCAAGUGGUUGGAACACAGUAGUUGUACCACAGUCAUUACCAUAGUCAUUGUCAAAAGGAAAGGUUUCAUGACUACCUGGUAUGUCAUUAAAUCGAUAUAUAUACACAUACAUAGUACAUACCCCUAGUAGAUUUAAUGUACUUAAUGAGGCCAAAUUUGUUCUUAGACUGAGUACCAAUCUUUUUGAUUUUCUUUUUUUUUUUUUUAUUUGAAGCAAAAAUGAAGAAUAUCUUGAAAAUAAAGAAUUUUCCCAUUGUGAUGGUUCAUGGAAAUGGACAUUUCAGCUGUAUAGUCCAAUAGCUAGCUGUUGUGACUCUGCAGUUGAGUGUCGUGUCUAUGUACUUCAGUUAAGCAACAUCGAGCAUGGUUAUCUCUUGGAUGGGUGACCGCUCUGUGCAGGUUACACCAUAUUAGCGCUGUUUAACAGUGUCCU